GUUUCUUGGCUGCUUGACGGAAUGUCGUGGAUGAAAGGAAGGAGCCCGAAAAUGCACAGAUUUAGGUAGUUUAGGAAAGUGCCUGAUUUGGGUUAUCGGAGGGACCCAGCGACAGUCUUAAUAUUUGGUCACCUCUAAGGUUUCAUAUGCCUGUAGUUAAUAAACAUCUCUUCAGAGUGAGAUAUUUGAUGGUAGCGGCGUUUAGCAGCUUGUUUGGGGUCAGGCUCUGGAGUGGACGCCCCUACUGAGGGGACCUCUGGGCAGCCCGAGACCUACGGAAGAUGGUGGCGAUGGCUGCUGGGGCAAGUGGCUGGCUUGGGCCGGUGUUUGGACUGAGAUUACUGGUAGCGACGGUGCUUCAAGCGGUAUCUGCAUUUGGGGCAGAGUUUUCAUCGGAAGCAUGCAGAGAGUUAGGCUUCUCUAGCAACUUGCUCUGCAGCUCUUGUGAUCUUCUUGGACAGUUCAACCUGCUUCAGCUGGAUCCUGACUGCAGAGGAUGCUGUCAGGAAGAAGCACAAUUUGAAACCAAAAAGCUGUAUGCAGGAGCUAUUCUUGAAGUCUGUGGAUGAAAAUUGGGGAGGUUCCCUCAAGUCCAAGCUUUUGUCAGGAGUGAUAAACCAAAACUAUUCAGAGGACUACAAAUCAAGUAUGUUCGCGGUUCAGACCCUGUACUAAAGCUUUUGGACGACAGUGGGAACAUUGCUGAAGAACUGAGCAUCCUCAAAUGGAACACAGACAGUGUAGAAGAAUUCCUGAGUGAAAAGUUGGAACGCUUAUAAAUCUUGCUUAAAUUUUCUCCUAUCCUUUUUCUAUCUUAUCAAAUGAAAUAUUGCAGCAUCUAGAAGAUGAUUUAGUUUUUGCUUUCUUCCAUUGAUCAGUCUUUUACUGUAAGGCAUUGAACAUCUGAUUAGAAGUUGAAAUGGCAGUACAGCCCAUAUCUAAUGAGUUGGCAAGCUUAACAAAUCCCAUUUUUUUAUAAAUCCAUCCUCCUUCAUUUGUUGAUACCACUAACAAAAUGCUUUGUAACAGACUUGUGGUUAAUUAUGCAAAUGAUAGUUUGUGAUAAUUUGUCCUGUUUUACAAACAAUGGAUUUGUAAAUUAGAUUAAUAAGGGAGAUGAUUACUCUGCAUCAUAUGCUGUAUGCUCUUUGAAAGUAAUGACAAAACUACAAAGCAAGUAAGACAUACUGAGUCUCAACAGGUUGCUCCUUGGUCUUUAACAUUUUUGUAUUACCCAGCUUUCUUUUUAAUAGAAAUGUUAUUUAUAGUUUAUAAUGAAUAUAGUGCAUAAAAACUGUAGUUUCAUUAUCGCAAAACAGGAUCUACAGUGAAGAGUGAAGCAUUCACAAAGAUUGGCACUAAUGAAGACUACACAGAAAACCUUUCUAAGGAUUUGUGUGGAUCUGAUAUUUGGCAAAUUUUUGUGUUUUACAUUCUAGCAGAAAAAGGAAUUUAAAAAGGAUCAUUUAUAAGACCAAAAUAUAAAUAAAAAGUUUCAAAAAUCUA